UGGGAUCAAACCACAGAAGCCAACACACACUUCCACAUCAGCUCCUGUGAGAGGAAGAGAGAGGAGAGAGGGAUGACGCCUGUGUGUGCCUCAAACUUAUGAGUUAGACAACUCAAGAGUCGCGCUUCCUGUGGGGUCCCACUUUUAAGAGCUCUUUUUUUUAACACUGGAACUGUACUGUAAAGCAUCAUGACUCUUCUGGGCUCCGAGCACUCCAUCCUGAUACGAAGCAAGUUCAGAUCUGUCCUGCAGCUAAGACUUCAGCAGAGGAGGACACGUGAGCAGCUGGCAGACACAGACAUCAUGCCUUUUAACCGUGGCAAGUUUCCAAAGCAGGAGGACUCCUAUGCAUUUGAGGAAGACAGCAGCAGCGAAAGUCUGUCUCCAGAACUUCACAGCGAUGAGUCCCAAGGCUCUGCCUGUCCCUCAUCUGAGGCCGUGGGCAGCACACCUUCAUCCUCAUCGUCACCAGCCGUCACAAGCCCUCAAAAGGCUGGGGCAACUGGAGACCCCCCAGAUCAGAGCCAAGACGAGAGUCUCUGUUCCACCCACAAGGGUCAGGGUACUCCACAUCAGGUUCCUGCUAUUGUCAAGUCCAAGGCCUCGGAUAAGAACCGACACAAGAAGCCAAAAGAUCUAACACCUAAGGUGAAAAAACUGAAAUACCACCAGUACAUUCCUCCGCACCAGAAGGCAGAAAAGUCUCCUCCGCCGAUGGACUCGGCUUAUGCUCAGCUGGUGCAGCAGCAGCAGCUCUUCCUUCAGCUGCAGAUUCUCAGCCAGCAGAAGCACGCUCAUACGCAGCAACGUUCUCACACGUCGCCGCUGCAGGCUCAACGACAGCGGCAGCCGGCUUUCAGUUACCAGCCUCACGCACCUCUGCACAAAGCCUUAGGUGAUCCGUGUUCCAGUCAUGGCUCCAGCGUUCCACACAACACUGCCAACAGCAACAUAGCAUCACCAGUGAAGAACUCUUAUAUUCAAAGCAACAUCUCACAUGUGAAACCAACACCUCUGCCAGCCAAUCUCGAUGACCUAAAGGUUGCAGAGCUGAGACAACACCUUCGUAUUAGAGGACUGCCAGUGUCCGGCACAAAGACUGCUCUUAUCGAAAGACUGCGUCCCCACCUAGACCACAACACGGGCUCGUCCCCCUCGGGCUCCUCUGAUAUCACCACAGUCACAUUCCCAGUCACUCCAACAGGAUCUCUGUCCUCUUAUCAGUCUCCCUCGUCCUCCAGCGCACUGUCGCAGGGAUACUACCCUUACCCCAGCACUUCCUCUACUCCUCCAAUAUCACCGGCAUCUUCUGAGUUAUCGCUCAGCGGCUCUCUGCCAGAGAGCUUCAGCGAUGUGCCCAUGUCUUCACCGACACAGUUUGUCCUGCAACAGUCACCAGCCCAGCUUGGCAUGGAUGGCGGGGGUUUAACUGUUGGAGGACCCCACAGGGGCGAGUGUGGUGAAAUGGACGAGCAGGAUGCGGAAAAAGAUAAAAUGCUGGUGGAAAAACAGAAGGUGAUCGAGGAGCUGACAUGGAAGCUGCAUCAGGAGCAGAGACAGGUUGAAGAGCUUAAGAUGCAGCUUCACAACAGGAAACGAUCCUAUGGAGCUACAGAGGACACAAUAAUUCCACCAGCUCAGUCCCACCAGCCUUCCAUGCACCAUGGACCAGCCAUGAUGGACCAGCAUUUUUAUGGCGUGACAGUCAAGAAAGAGCCCUUGCCUCUUUCCACCACGUGCCCUUUCUCUUCUCCCAAACAGAUCAAGGGCUCUGGUAACGUGGGACAUUGCAACAAUCUACUGCCUGAUAUGGGAGCCAAUGGCGGGUCACAAAGCAUCGACCCAACGUCUUCAUCAGAGAGCACCACCACUAUGACUUCCUUCCUGAGUCCCCAGUGCUCACCCAAACAGUCUAGUAGCCCCAAGUCAUCCUCUCCAAACACUCCUUACCUGCUUCCAAUCGGAAUGGGAAGGGACAACCGAAGCCAUCACCACCCGAGCACUAACAACAGCAGAGGGUGUGGCAUGCAGCAGCAGAUCCGAAGCCAGCAGAUGGAUGAACUUCUCGAUGUACUAAUAGAAACUGGAGAGAUGCCAGCUAAUGUCAGAGAAGAGAAGGAAAGGUCCUCUGGAAGCAGAGUUGAACACCCCGUGUCUGUGUUCCCAGGGUGUGCCUGUCUCCCGCCUCCAAGAUUUCACAGACAUUAUGAGGAACUGUCCCCAGCACAGCUUCCCUACGACCACUCGGCCAGCCAUGUUGCUGAAGGCCACCUCCAAACUUUGUCUAGUAGCACAACCACGCGCGGAGAGGAAAUGACUCUUCACAAAAUGUCCAAAGACAAUCGGAGUCCAGAUGAUGAGGCGAACUGCGACCGGUACAGUGGAACGUAUAACAAUCGUCACCCGCACCAUUCCCAACAGGACAAACUUUUGACCAACAGAGACCUGACUGACACGCCGCUGUCGCCCAUCAGCAACACAUCAACAGGCCCAGAACUGCAGGGGACAGUCAGUAUGACUUUAAGUGAAGCACCAUGGGAGAAUAUGGAGUGGCCUGACUUGAUGCCUCUCAGCUCAGCCAUGACUUUCAGCGUUGCCCCUCCCAGUGUUCCAGGCAUUUUUAACCCUGAGUUCUUGGAUGACAAAGACAUUAACUGGAACGCCGACCUCCACCUGGAGCACUGGUGAGAACAGCCGCGCCAAGUACUGUAAAAGUCCGCUGCAUGAGAGUCAUGAGAAUCCAAGAACCUCUGUAACCAGAUUCACCAAGUGCCUAACCUUGACGGCCUUUAAGGAAUCCAUAUGGUCAAGUUCACUGCUUCACAAAUCCAACGUCUGUUCAUUGUACGCUAUGUAAUUUAACGCCACACACAUCAGCGCUGACAUUGAAGGUUCAGGUUCUCUGCAAUGGUCGUGACAUUUGGACUCCAGGGCACAAGUGACCAUCUCCUGACUGUACUAUUGUACCACUGGAAACGGGAUUACAAGGGGAAUUGGAUAAUCAGUGCUGAAGGAAAGAAGGAGGCUCCAUCAGUUGUAUCAUACGCUCCAUUUACGAUUGUAUGUAAAUACGAUCAAUCACUGUGCACCUUUAGCUUAAAACACAUUUGGCACUGUUUGCUUGACCUUAGUGUGUAGAAAUGGUUGGCAUUAUUUGUUUCACUAGCUUGCAUUUUUUUUUCUACGUAAUGUAAUGUAAAUGUAUGUAUGGAGAUCUUUGUUGCAAAAUAAACCUACACAAUUUCUCAUUUAUCCUCCCCUGAAGGACACUGAUAUUACCAUGAAAAACGUAAUAAUUUUAGUACUUGCUUUCUCCUCUCUGCUCAAACAGUUGACCAAAAUAACGUCGAGUGACUAUAUGACUACUUCUUAUAUACUUUUCCUUUUCAAUUGCCACCCUUCCUUAUGCUAUGACCAAUUACCACAGCUAUUUAUUCUGUGUUUAUUCCAUUAAUAUAUGUACUUCUAUAUGCUGUAUUUCUACUGACAUUCCUUCCUGAGCUCUCACAGACAUUCUGGGUGGAAAAUCUCACUUUUUUUAAUGUGAAAUUGACUUUUUGAAAAUGGAUGUUUUUUCAAUUCUUUAUGAGCAUCCUGUAUAUGAUGCAAAGAAGGUCCUUUACAAACUUGUGAAUACAAAAAUGUCAUUUUACUGUGAAUUCUGCUCACACUUUUUUGUCACCUUAUGGAGCCAAGACAUGCGUAAAGGUUAGAAGCUGCUUCACCUGGACAGCAAGUUUUAAUCGCGUUUUUCCCCCAACUAAAAUGUACAACAGGACUUUGGCUUAGUUGUGAAUCCAAGAUUCUAUAACUACUUGUUCUGGACAUUCCAUGAUAAAAUGUCUAAAAUGAAUGACUGAAAUGAUUUUUUCUUCUUUACAAAAACCUUGUUUUUUCCAACAUUCUUAAAAGACUAGUCAAUUUCUGCUCAUUUGGUUUGACUGUAUGAUCAUUUCCAAUACUUAUAUGCUCUUCAUCUACAGCGUUUGAGGAUCACUGGCAAUAUUUCCAAGAAGGUCGAGGAUUUUAUGCACCAGUUAUAUCUGACAGAAGCCGUCAUGUUGCUUGACCACAGAUUAGCUGCCUUAAUACUGUACAGGCAUUUGUGCUGCAAUGUAUACCACAGAGAGAUGAGCAAUAAACUUGCAAUUGU